UUUCCACGCGUGAUUUUUUUUCAGGCAAGAUUUUUCUUAAAAUCAAUUUCUGAGGAUAAUAUUGUCAACGAAAAAAAAUGAAAAAUAAAUUGCCACGGUCAAAAUCAUCUUCAUCUAACGAUAAUAGUGAUGGUCAGAAAACAGAUGAGAAAACAUUUGUCAUCGAGAAGAAAAUUCAUGAAGCUGUUGAUGUUCUGAAAAAAGUGGUAAAUAAUCAAAAGAAUUCAACGAACGAUGAAGGCAAAAAACGAUUGUUUGAACAGGAUACUGAUUUUGUUUUUCUACAAUUUUCAUUGAAAAAAGUUCCAUUGAAUAAUUCAACAUAUAUUCAUUAUAUUCCAUUAAAAUAUCAUUGGCGUCAUGAAUUAAGCUAUGAAACAUGUUUAAUUGUUAAAGAUAAUGAACAACCAUUAACUGAUCGAGAUGCGGAUUUGGAACAAACAAAAGAUUUUUAUCGCAAUCUUCUUGAUGAACAUUCAGCGAAAGAAUUAAUAAGUGAAAUAUUACCGAUGCGUCAAUUGUUGACAGAAUUUCAUCCACCUGCUCUUCGGAAAAGACUUUCCAAUGUAUACAACGUAUUUUUAUGCGAUCAAAAAUUAUUACGUAACAAGCAUUCAUUUUUAAGCCGUUUUCUUGGAAAAGCUUUUUGGAUCGAUAACAAAAAAGUGCCCAUAUUGCUAAAUUUUAAUGAUAAAAAUCUAAAAGAUCAAAUUGAAAAUAAAUUGAAUCAAACUUCACUUUAUGUUUCGGGUAAAGGUUCUACACAAACCAUUCGGAUUGGUUCAUUACAACAAGAUACAGAAAAAUUGACAGCAAAUCUGAUGGCUUGUUUGGAGAAAAUCAAACAACUUUAUGGUAACAAUGUUCGUGAUUUGGCAAUCAAAACUGAAAAAUCCAAGUCUAUUAUAUUCUACAUGGAUCUUGGUUCGGCCAAUGAAAUUACAAUGGAAAAACGUAAAGAAAAUGAAAUGGAUGAAUUUGUUGAAGAAGAAUUUGAUUUCAUACCGAAUGCUAAUAUUCGUGUAUAUAAAGAUGGUCGAAUUAGAAUUGUAAAACGUGACGUUCCUGAAGAAGAAGAUAUUGAAGAUGAUUUGGAUAAUCUUAAAACUAUCAAAGCAAUCAACACUGAACCAGAUGAUGAACAAUGGACACGACGAUUGGUGUUUAAUCGUCCGGAAAAUUUGCGAAAAAGAAAAAUUAUUCAAAGACGUGUUUUCAAAAAAAUCAAAACUAAAAACUCAAAAAUAAGCAUUUUUUAUUUAAUGUACGUAACGUCACUUAUGUACGGGCAAUGCAAAGCGAAAAAAAAACAAUUUUGGCGCCUGUUUGCGCGCUUGUUGCUUGCUUUGCCAAUGUUUUUAAACAGCCGAUGA